AUGAGAUCGUGUGCGGUCAACGCAGUGCGGAAGACGCCAGAACAUUCGGUGGAAGAGGACAUGGUUGCAGAGGAGGCUGUGACACUGAAAGACAACCGUGAGACAACUGAUCCGCUACAAGGAAAGUUCAACUGUGACCUAUACGUGAUCAAGUUUGAAGAUCGGGAGGUGCAUGGCCAGUCUACACGACUGGACGAUGACGUGAAAGCUGUUACGAUCGACGGCGAAGUAAUGAAAAAUGAUGUACCGGAUGAAUCAACUACUAUCACGAGGGAGGUGAACUGUUCGCGGAAGAUUUGGAGCAACACAUGGCUGUACUGCCGGAGGUAA